AAAUCUAUCACACGUUCUACAGAGUUUCAUACAGCAAUUCACUAACCGACCAAUCAAGCCAACCUAAACGAAUUGACACAUCACUGACAUCCACAUGACAUUUAUAGAUCUACUACCUCCCAUCUCGAUCAAAACAACAAUCACGUGUCUCAUAUGGUACACUGUUUCUUCAAUAACAUCUCAAUUGACCAAGAUCAUAUUGACUAAAUUCCCCUACCCUUUGUUUCUAUCACAAUGUCAGUUCUUGAUAGGUGCAUCCUUAUCUUUACUAGUUAUAGUCAUUACUAGGAAGUUUCCUCAAUCAGCCGAAAUUUUCCCCCAAGGUAUUGUCCCUACUGAUAACUCCAGACCAAUAUUUCUGGUUUCUGUACUUUUAAAGAUUUUACCAUUAGGUCUAUUUCAAUUUGUUGGGAAAUUCUUUUCCUUAACUGCCACUUCAUUAAUUCCAUUGGUUACAGUUUCCAGCAUCAAGGCAUUAUCACCAAUGUUGAUUGUGUUUGGUUAUAGAAUAAUUUACCAUGUUAUAUUUCCAUAUAUUACUUAUUUGUCGUUGGCCCCUUUAUUGGUUGGAGUUGUAUUGAUUAUAACCUCUGAUUCACAUACUGGCAUAUUGACUAGUGAAUUGAAUACGACUGGGUUGAUUUAUUGUUUGAUAAGUACUAUUAUCUUUGCUGCUCAAAAUAUUUAUGGCAAACAAUUGAUUAGCUGGGAUAAUUCCGAUGCUAGCCCUCAUAAUCCCGCCUCAUUAGUAUUAAACACCGAUUUAACGCGUCCUGGUACGCCUAUGGUGGACGAUGACAAAACUCACGAUGACUAUUUUGGUACUUCUAAAGGUAAAUUGCCUUUUGUACGACAACGAAACGCGUUAUUCCAAUUACCCUAUUCUACUUCAGAUUUAACCUUGAAUGAGAAGAAGGAGAAUUUUAAUUUGAAUACCCAAUACCAACAUACGGUUGAACAAAACAAGACCAAUUUUAAUCCUUUCGGAUAUUUUAUUGAAAGAUUCCAAUUAGAUAAGGUUGCUAAACCAGAUAAAUUGACUCUUGUAUUAUAUUGUUCAUUAGUUGGGGUUGCCUUUUCUAUUAGUGCGUUCGUAAUGAACGAACUUCCCAGGAUGUAUACCCAGUUUACCACUGUUGCUAAUUUAGAUGAGCUCACAGGGACAGGUCCAAUUACCACAAUGUCGGAGUUUCUCGUAGUGUUGGUCCUCGUUGUUUUAGACUCAUUAUCACAUUUUAUCCAGUCAUUAUUGGCUUUUCACUUACUUGGUCUGAUUCCCGCAUUAUCAUAUUCAAUUGCAUCCAUGAUGAAAAGAAUAGUAAUCAUAACUGUCAGUAUUGUAUUUGUAGUAGGAAGUGAUAGUAGUGGAAACAAAUUGUUUGGAAAAAUCUCAUCGCAACAAGCGGUAGGACUUGCAUUGAUUGCAAUUGGAUUAUAUUCCUAUGAUAGAUGGGGGUCAAGAAGUUUGAAGCCAAGAUAAAUACUUUUAUAUAGAGCAGCUUUUACGUAUAGAUUAUGUUUGGAGGCUAGAAUGCCCAGUUGAAAUCAAGAAUUUGAAAACAAGAAAUAUCGAAACAAGUUCCACACCUCUCGUAAUCAGUCUUUAACCAACCACGCCCGUAUUUUCCAUGACUACCCUUGUUCCAAAGAACAUGACUAGUAUACUCUGGUAUGCGUUGUAGAGAGCAGCAAUCGUAGAAGUUUUAAAGGAUAGUUGCCCUACAAUAAUACACAUACGUUGUACAAU